AUGGGACUGGUGAGCCAGGAGCCUGUAUUGUUUAAUGACACUAUCAGAGCCAACAUUGCAUAUGGAAAGGAAGGGAAUGCAACAGAGGCUGAAAUUAUAGCUGCUGCAGAAUUGGCAAAUGCUCACAAGUUCAUCAGUAGUUUACAACAGGGUUAUGAUACAAUAGUAGGAGAGCGGGGGAUCCAAUUGUCUGGUGGACAGAAGCAAAGGGGGGCAAUUGCACGAGCUAUAAUGAAGGCACCAAAGAUACUACUACUAGAUGAAGCCACAAGUGCUCUUGAUGCUGAAUCUGAACGAGUGGUUCAAGAUGCAUUGGACCGAAUCAUGGUGGAUCGAACCACAGUCGUGGUUGCCCAUCGGUUAUCCACAAUAAAGGGUGCAGAUGAAAUCGCAGUGGUGAAAAAUGGAGUCAUUGCAGAGAAAGGAAAGCAUGAAACUCUGAUCAGCAUCGAAGAUGGCAUUUAUGCUUCUUUGGUAGCAUUGCAUGAUUUCUUGAAAGUUUCACUUGGAGCAACGGAACACUUGUGA